AAUGGCACCGCUCGUCUCUUUUCGGUGGUGAUGGCGGACCAACGAGCACUGGUAGCUCCCUCCAAGGUCUAUCCUUACAUCAACUAUUGGAUUGCGAACAUUCCAGCCGGCACCUCUGGAGCUGUGACGGCCAGCAUUCUCGAGCCUUACGUUGCUCCUUCCAACACCAGCCACAACAUCCCAUACCCGAGUCCUUCGAGCGCGAGGAACCACACGUAUGAUUUCGUGCUCGUCCCGCAAAGAAAUCCCUUGGUGAAGCCCAUGGACAGCCGCCUUGUUCUCUCUUUGGCCGAUAUCAUCCGGCAGUACCACUGCGGAAGCCCUCUGGAGACUGUUUCCUUCACCACCUCUCUCCACUAAAAGUAAAAAAGCUUAUAAUAUGAAUCAAUGAAUGAA